AUUCAUUCAUUCAUUCAUGGUGUAAUGUGAUCAGGAAGCAAACAAUUUCACAUCCAAUCAUCAUCAUCAUAAUGAAGUGGUGUUUAUCAAUAUCACACUAUUCACUUGAUUUGAUUCAACAACAAAAAGCCUUAUUAUUUUGUUUUUGUUUUUGACUGAUUAAUUAAAUAUCGUUUGUUGUUUCUCACCUUGUACAAAAAACUAUUGCUGUAAAGUUUCCCCAGAAAAAACAUCAAUUCAAAUUCGACCAAUUGAAUUUUCUGUUUGCUGGUUAUCUUGCAAAACAUAACAACGCAAAGAGAAUCUUCUAUUGAAUUGAAUAACGAUAAUGAUAAUGAUGAUGGCCCAACAAAUGAAUAAUAUUAGUCUGGCGGACAUUAUCAUGAAUAACAUUAGCCAUUUUAUUGAUGGUGAUAAUGAUUUGAAUGGAUUUAGCAUUGAAAAUUUCGAAAUUGGAUCGAAAAAUUUACAAAUAGCUCUCAUUAUUCUAUAUAGCAUAACAGCAACAUUGGCAUUAUUCGGAAAUGUAUUAUCGAUAUUUGUUUUGAUCAAAGGUAAACGUAGUUCACGUGAUUUACGUCUAUUUUUGGUAAAUCUAUCAUUAUCCGAUGUAUUGAUGGCCAUUUUCUCAAUACCAUUCACAUAUACACAUUUUAUAAUGGGACGUUGGAUAUUUUAUCCCUCGCUUUGUCCAUUUAUACAAUCAAUACAGAUUGUGUCGGUUUUUGUUUCCAUCUAUACGCUCACAACCAUCGGUAUUGAUAGAUAUAUUGCCAUCAUGAAACCAUUUUUCGGGCAAAAUGUUUGGACCAAAUCAUUCGCUCCAAUAAUAAUAGUAAUAUUGACAUGGUUAUUCGGGUGUUGUUUAGGCGGUGUGAUAUGGUUUUAUUCAACAAUCGAACCAUUCAUUGUCAUCAAUAAUAUUACUUAUUAUGACUGCCGAGAAAUGUGGUCAACCGAUCAACAUGAACAAAUCUAUACUGUUGGAUUAUUUAUUGUUGUGUUUGCAUUGCCAUUAAUAUGUUUGAUAUAUUUUUAUGGUUCCAUUUGUUACAAAUUAUGGUAUCACUGUGCUCCGGGCAAUGCUAAUAUUGCCCGGGACAAUGUACAAUAUCAUGCCAAACAAAAGGUUAUAAAAAUGUUGAUUACGAUUGUUGCGUUAUUUGCAAUUUGUUGGCUACCAUCGCACAUAUUUCAAUUGAUACGUGUAUUCAAUAAGGAUCUUUUAUUAAGAUUUAUUGGUAAUGAUGCAUCAAGUCCAAAGUAUUUGGCAAUCGUUAUAUCAUCACAUUGGCUAUCAAUGGCACAUUCAUUUGUCAAUCCAAUUAUUUAUUCAUUCAUGAGUGAUAAUUUCAAGGCAGAUGUUCGAUAUAUGAUGAAAAAAUUAAUGUUAAAACAUCGCUGUUGUUGUAGCAUUGGCCGCCAACGACAUCAACGUAAUCAUCAACGAAAUGAUCAGCAUUGUCCGCAGAACAGAGUGGAUACCAUUCCAGAUUAUGAAAUGGACGAUGAAGAUGAAGAAGACGAAGAUGACGAUGAUGAAAAUGGCACAAAAAGAAUCGAAAUGAUAUUAUUCAACAAUCAUAAUGCAGCGAAACAACAACAAACGACAACAAAAUAAUUUCAUUAUCCACAUCACAAAUCCAUUUCCCAAUAAAACAAAAUCCACGAAAUUCUAUACCUUUUCCUUUUCAUUCACAUUGCUGUUUAAAAAUUU